AUGUCGGGCUUCAGUCGCCACCGACACGGAUCAGACUCUCCCAAGACUUUACCGAUCCGCCAGAAGCUCCAGUUCACCUCCAGCGACGGAGAGGACGAGCCCAUCGAGGACGUGAAUAACAGCACCGGAGGAGAGUCCGGUUUCACGGAGAUGGACUCCCCGAUGCCGGUGCGGCGGAGCCCCGUGGAUAAACGCCUGGAGGGCGGCAGCAGCCCCCUGAACCAGUCCGGUGGGGACGACGACGUGGAGCUGUGGGACGAGGAGAGCUUCGGGUCCCCGUCUCACCUCCGUUCACCGACAAGCGUCCUUUUCGCCAACUGCUCCCCGUCACCGAGGAAAGCCUCCCGGCUGUACGGAGGAUCACCGGAGCGCUCAUACGUCCAGGACGACGGGGAAGGAUCCAGCUCCCCGAUCCCGGACUGUCCCGACACACCUCCGCACAAGACUUUCAGAAAACUGAGGCUGUUUGACACCCCGCACACCCCCAAGAGUUUGUUGUCCAGGGCCCGGGGGUCGGGUCUGGGAUCGUCCAGCAGGAGAGUCGCCCUCUUCAAGAAUGUGGAGGCUUCAGGGAAGUUGCUCACAGACAGCGGCAGGAGACAGCAGACCCCUCUGGUCAACUUUAACCCCUUCACUCCCGACUCCCUCCUCAUCCAGUCUGCCACCCAGCAGAGGAACAACAGGAAGAGGGCGCACUGGAACGACUCCUGUGGAGAGGACAUGGAGGCGAGUGACGGCGAGGCAGAGGAGGAAGUGCUGCCACCUUCAAAGAGGAUCACCAUGAUGGAGAACAACAUGAUGUCCAGAUACACCUCAGAGUUCCUGGAGCUGGAGAAGAUCGGCUGUGGGGAGUUUGGUGCUGUGUUCAAGUGUGUGAAAAGACUCGACGGCUGCAUCUACGCAAUCAAGAGGUCGAAGAAACCUCUGGCAGGAUCCGUAGACGAACAGAACGCCCUGCGGGAGGUGUACGCCCACGCCGUGCUGGGCCAACAUCCCCACGUGGUGCGAUACUACUCUGCCUGGGCCGAGGACGACCACAUGCUCAUCCAGAAUGAGUACUGCAACGGCGGCACGCUGUCUGACGUCAUCGCAGAGAACUACAGACGCCUCAGUUACCUGUCGGAGCUGGAGCUCAAAGACCUGCUGCUGCAGGUCACACGAGGACUCAAGUACAUCCACUCCAUGUCUCUGGUCCACAUGGACAUCAAGCCCAGCAACAUCUUUAUUUCACGGAAGUCUGUAACCAGCUGUGACGAGUGUGAUGAGGACGAAGGACUGACCACCAGCGUUGUCUACAAAAUAGGUGAUCUUGGUCAUGUGACACGAGUAAACAACCCCCAGGUGGAGGAAGGUGACAGCAGAUACCUCGCCAAUGAAGUUCUGCAGGAGGACUACAGUAAGUUGACGAAGGCGGACAUCUUUGCUCUGGCUCUGACAGUCGUCAGUGCCUCGGGGGCGGAGCCUCUUCCCACAAACGGAGACAAAUGGCACGAGAUCCGACAGGGAAAACUUCCCGCCAUCCCACAAGUGCUCUCUCCAGAGUUCCUCAGUCUUCUCAAGCUGAUGAUCCAUCCUGAUCCAAGUAGACGACCAUCAACCUCUGACCUCAUCAAACACCCGGUGCUCCUCACUGCUGCCAGAAUGAGCGCCGACCAGCUGCGAGUGGAACUCAACGCAGAAAAGUUCAAGAAUGCACUGCUGCAGAAGGAGCUGAAGAAGGCCCAGCAGGCUCGAGCUGCAGCUGAGGAAAAGGUUUUGACCACCGACAGGAUCCUGACCCGCUCCACGGUCCAGUCCAACCCCAGAACCUCCAGACUCAUCGGCAAGAAGAUGAACCGCUCGGUCAGCCUCACCAUCUACUGAGACUCUAACCCAUGCUGACAGGAAGUGACACAACAAGGCUCAUGGACCUUUUGAAUCCAAACCCGCUCAGAUGGAGCGGUCUCUUCAGUUUGAGGAGAACCUGUCAGUGGGCGGAGCUGUAGAAGGUUGAACUCAUCUUGAUAGACUCUGGUUGCCAACAUAGUUCAGCCCUUUUCUUCCUGAUGGAUUUCUGUCAUUCCUGAAAGGUACUUCCUGUACCUUUUGUACAUUCUGAAGGGUACUUCCUGUACCUUUGUACACUCUGAAGGGUACUUCCUGUACCUUUGUACACUCUGUCAUUCCUCAAGUUUUUCGUAUCCUUCAGGCUCUGUCUCCGUUUCUGUCCUUGCACUUCCCUUGAUGAAGCUGCAGUGAUGCUCUCUUCAGUGUGAAUGUACUUGCCGUACGCACCUUACUGCCUGUCGAACGCCUGAUGCUGGGUACCAGAGGGUCUGAGGACUGACAGUUUCUGUGUUUGGAGCACUUUGGAGGCAACAGCUGGAACUUGCCACAUUUUUUUAAGAAAAAAAACUGCUGCUAUUGAUGUUUUGUGUGUUUAUCAGGGUUCGGCCCGGUUCAGGUUGGAUCAUCUCCAGGUCACUGGCUCUUAUGUUCAGUUAGCAGGAGUCCGUUUCCCUGUUUAUUCUUUAUUCUUCUGGUCAGAUGGAGAAUGGAUCAUGCUUUUUGAGGAACGUCAUCCAUUUUUGUUUUGAAGUACCAAAACCAGUGAGCUAAUGAACUCGUUAUCUGUGAGGUCACAAUCUGUUGAUUGGUGCAGCCAACCCUGCCUGUAGCAUUAGAACAAUCAUCGUCCUGUUCUCUAGGUUCUCAUGUCUUCUGUUUUUUCUCAUGACGCUCAUCUUUAAUUACUGUUCAGAAAAGUUUCCCUCGUCUUUUUGUUCCUGUAACAUCUAACACAAAACAGCCUCUGUGCUGUUGAAACCUGUACAUAUGUUCUUUUAAUAAAUUCUCACCAUCUACA